AUGGCCACGAAAGUCGACUCGAACCACCUGGAAGAUCAGGCCCCAAACAGAGAAGAGAAAGGAGCGAUCACAGACAGUCAAGAUGCCAGUGACUCGAGCAUCAACGGUGCGCUCAAGAUGCGAGAUGGCAUCAUCUUGAUGCCCCAGCCUUCCGAUGACCCCAACGAUCCCUUGAACUGGUCAUCCUUCCGCAAACACAUGGCAAUGAGCACCAUCUCGUACCUCGCAUUCGUCUGCUACAUGGCCGUCACAUCACUUGUGCCGGGAACGUUGCAGCUGGCCGAAACAUUCGGAACAACAAAGGACAUCGCCGUGUACCUGGGCAACACUCCCGUUGCACUCUACGCAGUCGGUCCAUUCCUGUGGAGCCCUCUGAGCCAUUUUGUUGGACGGCGGCCGGUCCUACUCCUUGCCAAUCUGAUUUCUGUCAUCGGCACGAUAGUGGUUGCAAGUGCACCGAGCUACGGAGCUUGCAUGGUUGGGCGAGUCAUUCAAGGUCUAGGCGGAUCUGCAUUUUGGACUCUCGGCCCAGCGAGUAUUGGCGAUAUUUUCUUCCGACACGAAAAGGGGAAAAAGGUCGGUACAUCCACGCUAGCUAUCGUCGUUUCCCCCUUCGCCGGUGGCAUUAUCGGCGGCGCAAUCAUCAACAACAAGAGCCUGGGCUGGCGAUGGUCCCAGUGGAUAUCUCUGAUCUUCAUCGCCACGGGUCUCCUAAUGCAAAUCGUGUUCCUCCCGGAGACGAUAUACGUCCGUGAUCAAAUCCGGGCCAACCCUAUCGAUCGCUCGCAACCAAGCCUCUGGGCUCGAUACGGCAUUCGCAUACCCAAACGUCACCCGGACAAGCGUCACACGUUCUCGUACCUCUUCACCCGCCCGUUCAUCAUGUGCACCUAUCCAGCGGUGUUCUUGGCCUCCUUCUGGUUUGGGGUCACCUACAUGCUGCACGUGGGCAUUACGGCCGAAAUCCCGCUCAUUUUCGAAGCGGCGCCGUACAACUUUUCCGUGCUUGGGGUCGGGCUCACGGCCUUCUCGGGCCUGAUUGGUGCGUUGAUCGGUGAAGCGUACGCCGGACCGGCGAUCGACCUCAUUGCGAGACGACAUCUACGUCAAGGCAAGGAAUGGAGACCAGAGAUGCGGUUCAGGGCCAUCUGGCCCGCGCUGGUGUCUGCUCCGGGGGGACUGCUCAUGUUUGGUGUCUCGAUACAGUUCGGGUCCAGUUGGGUCACGCCGCUGGUGGGCCAGGGUAUCUACAUUUUCGGCGUCGAAAUCGCCACGACAGUCAUUCAGACGUACAUUCUCGAAUCAUACCCGCGACAAGGCGCCGAGGCAAGUCUGGUGUUCAACCUCAGCCGAAACCUCCUGUCGUACACGACGCCAUUCUUCGUCCCCCACAUGUUGAGACACAUCGACUUCAGCGCCACAUUCGGCAUCUUCGCGGCCUUGAUCGUGUUUUUCUUCCCGCUGUGCAUUGUGACGCUGAUGUGGAGGGGAAAGAGCAUCCGCGAAAGGAGCGGCGAGCCAGGCUGGAGUAGGGACUAA